AUGGAGAAAAUUCUGACAAAAAGGGAAGAAGAAGGGUGUCAAAAGAAGAAGCUUUCAAUUACAAGAUCUCGAGUUGAAGAGCCAAAGAAGCUGAAGCCAUCGGUUCCAAGCGUGAAUGAGUUUGGUGACUGUAUAUUCGUCGAUGAAGAGGAAGAAGAAGCUACAUUGGACCAUCCAAUGCCGAUGUCAUUAGAGAAGCCAUACAUAAGCAUCACUGAAACUGAUUUAAUGGAGGAAGUUGAGAUGGAAGAUGUAAUAGUGGAAGAACCGAUUUUGGAUAUCGAUGUCUCGGAUUCAAAGAACUCGCUUGCGGCUGUUGAGUAUGUCCAAGAUCUAUAUGAAUUCUACCGAAAAAUGGAGAGCUUUAGUUGUGUACCAGUAGAUUAUAUGGCACAACAAAUGGAUUUAAACGAUAAGAUGAGAGCGAUACUAAUUGACUGGUUAAUCGAGGUACAUGACAAGUUUGAUCUGAUGAACGAGACAUUGUUUCUCACAGUGAAUCUGAUUGAUAGAUUCUUGUCCAAGCAAGGUGUUAUGAGAAAGAAGCUUCAGCUUGUAGGAUUAGUUGCUUUACUCUUAGCUUGCAAGUACGAAGAGGUUUCGGUACCUGUUGUCGAAGAUUUAGUACUCAUUUCGGACAAAGCUUAUACGAGGAAAGAUGUUCUAGAGAUGGAGAAAAUAAUGUUGAGCACUUUGCAAUUCAAUGUCUCGUUGCCUACACAAUACCCUUUCUUGAAAAGAUUCCUUAAGGCGGCUCAAGCAGAUAAGAAGUGUGAGGUGUUGGCAUCGUUCUUGAUCGAGCUUGCCCUUGUGGAGUAUGAGAUGCUUCGGUUUCCACCUUCAUUACUAGCUGCUACAGCAGUGUACACUGCUCAAUGUACACUUGAUGGUUACAGGCAAUGGAACAGUACAUGUGAAUUCCAUUGUCAUUACUCUGAAGCUCAGCUCAUGGAAUGUUCUAGGAAGAUGGUAAGUCUACAUGCGAAGGCGGCGACGGGGAACUUGACAGGGGUAUAUAGGAAGUACAGCACAUCCAAAUUUGGGUACAUAGCAAAGUGUGAAGCACACUUUCUUGUGUCUGAGUCUCAUCAUCCUUGA